AUGACUUACAAUCGGCUUCAUCGGGUGUUUUUGUAUAGUUUUGCCAUUUGCCUUUUUGUAACGUUUGUUACCAUCGCUGCAAAAGUGUUUCCCAUCGCCAAUUUACCCACAAGCACGAAUGUGAUCAUUAUAGGCACUUGUUUGGCUAAUUUGAUUUCCGUCGCGGCGUUGAUAGUUGGAAUUGUGCUGAAACGGCCGGCGCUGGUGAAAGCCGUUAAAAUAUUCAGCUAUGUACAGCUGGGUGCUAUUUUCGUCCUGAUAUGCCUGGCAGUGGUUCUGCUGUACAUUACCCGGGUGGAUGUCGAACACUAUAACGAGAAAGUACAGCAUGAGCUGUGAUUUCGUGCAUCGCGU